AUGGAACAUAUUGCUGUGACCCUCCUUGUUUGCUUCGCGCUUAUUCAUUGGAGUUUCACUCAUGUGCCCCUUAGGGCCGCAUUGCAGGAACUACGACAAGGGCUGCUGUAUCCUGGUGGCACUGACGACCUGCACCAGAAGAGGAUCGAUGUGGAACUGGAUCAAGUCCGUGUGGCGAAUCGCCGGUUAAGUAGUCGUUUUAUGGUUAACCUGCUGUUCCUCUUGCUUUUUCGGACUGUGACGCUGUGUUGCACUUCGCCUUCAGCGAGCCGGUGUGCUGAAUGUAUCUUAGUGCUGACGGUCUACCUUCAUGACAUGCAGGUAGCGCAUGGCAAGGUGGAGUUGAGUGUGAAACGAGUUCGCCUCAUCAACUACGGAUUGCGCGUGGCCAUUGGUCUUUUUGCUUUCUUCAAUGACCCUCAGGACAGCCCCUAUGGGGACAAGUUCAUGCUCUUGGCGACCGUGUCUAUCUCGUUGGAGGCGCUGGACUGGUUCGCGACCACGCUGCAUGCCUUCAGUCUGGCUUCCCUGCGACUAGGAACAGCGCUGAUGCGGCAGAAUUUGGGGGUCCAUCUCAUUUUGGAGGUGCUCUCCUACUUGUUGGUCGUGGUAGUGGCCUGGUUGUACGAGCAUCAGACCAGAGCGCGCAUUUCCGCGGUGAUCAGGUCCGACGAGACGGCGUCGAUUCUGGCUGGCUUUCGACGUGUUUUGCGGGGCGUUGCAGAUGGAGAUGUCCUCCUAGACCAGGACUUGAACAUUGUAGGCAGCCAAAAUACGCUGCACCGCCUGAUGGAGUCGGAUUUUUCCGAUUCCAGGGAUUCCAGUUUCGUGGAGCUUCUGAGUGCAGCAGACCGCCCCAAAUUCCUGGACUUUGUCUCCGUCUCUGCCUCCUCCGGUGCCACCUCCCCCAGUAGCUUUCCUCGUGGGCUGCGGGUGACUCUUUGCGGCCGUUCCAGUGACACUGGGCGGCGCGGGCGCUCGCUCUCAGUGGAUCUCUUCCAUGUGGCGCUGCCGGGCUAUCACCUCUUGGCCAUCAAGGAGGACCCUGAGAGCGGGUCGCUGCUGGAGGAAGCACCGAGCUCCCAACCACUGAUACUCCCAGCCAUCAGGGUGAGAAGCGAGGCUCCAAGCGGUGGACGCUCCAGCAGGGCAUCCACGGCCAGUAGCAGAAACGAAGUGGUGGACAUUUGUCAGGAGUUGGAAGAGGUGACCCUGCUGGUCAACACUCAAUUUGAGGCCCUGGAUGUGGAGGAAACACACCUUCGCUUUGCACGGCGGCCUUGGAUCGCAGACGAGGAGGGCAUGGACGAGAUGCCCAGUUUGAAGAAGUUUGCCGGCGCCACGGAGUGGCGGGGCCUGAAGAAGAACAUCAGAAGGUAUGUGGAGGCGGCCAGGCAGUCUGGCCGAGCACCACGAGCCAUUCACUUGGGACCCUUGAUGAUUCGAUUGCCCGGGCAGUCACAUAACUACCUCCGAGCGCGGGACGCCACCCUCAGCACUCCAAAUCGCCGCAUCGACGCCGAUGAACCCAUGCGCCUAUGGCUGCACCUCACCAAAUUCGAUAAGGGAAGGCUCCGAAAGGUGCACGAACCCACGCUGAAUGAGAUCUCAGAACGCAGAGCCGAAAUUUGA